UAGUUUAAUUAAAAUAAAAUAGAAAAUCAUGUCGGGAAAUAGAUGCGCAUUUAGGAAAUGUUACAACAGUCGUGCAAAAGUUGAAGGAUUGAAAAUGUUGUCCUUUCCCCGGGAUACUGACAAAGCAAAGAUCUGGGUGAACAACUCAGGGAAUCCAGAACUGAUAGAAUUAUCACCAAAAUCACUUGGUAAAAAGGAGAUAUGCGAGCAGCAUUUCCAACAGCAGGAUAUUUUACCCAGUGGACGUCUCAUGAGAGGUGCCUUUCCGCAAGUCUAUUGUGGCUGUGACAGUGAUCCGGGCCCAUCCACAACCAUUCACUCAUCUAGUCCAGCUUCUCCUCGUUUCAACAUAACAUUGGCGUCACCAAAGAAAUAUCCAGCAAAAAAUCUGAGCUUCUACCAUCUCCAUCGGUGAGCACUUCUUCCGCAAAUUUUUCUAUUCAGAUGUCUCCUUCAGUACACAACUGGAUAGAGAGUGCUUCCCCAACACAAGGGACGGAUGUCAGAAGAUCACUUUUUACCACCCCAACCAAAUUUCAGAAGGAGUCUUACAUGAAAGUUAUUGAGAGACAACAAAAUGAAAUCUCAAGUUUGAAAAGACAAUUGCUUAGACAGAAAUUGUCAAAAAUAAAACUUUUCAAAAAUUUAAAUCAAAGGAAUUUUCAAUUCUUUUUGGAAUGCAAAAUCAUAAAGAGAGGCAACCAUGGAAGAAGAGAAGAGAAGAGAUUGGCCAUUAGCAUAUUUUUGCGUUCACCAUCUACUUAUAGAUACUUCCGCAAAAUAAU